ACACCAAGCGCGCCCAAAGAAACAGCAUGCCUCCCAACCGGGACAAGGGAAACUCUGCUACAGCCAUGACUAAACAGCCACCUCAGACGUGCGAUAGCACCUUCAGAUGGUGGAUUUUACGUCUCCAGAGACUACUUUAUGGCACAAUAUGCCGCUACAGAGCCCGCCUGGCCCCACACAGACGCCUGCAGGAUCACAGCAGUUGGCUGAUGACAGCACAAACAGCGACCAUCGCAGGGGCACCAAAGGGUGGUCUGGAGGAACAACUGGAGGGGCUAGCUUGA